GGAACUGGAGUCAGUUGGCUGCUACAAGAAGAAGGAAGAGUCAGUGCUUAGAGGAGCUGCCUGUGAGAAGCAUCAAGGAGGAGAAUUGCCAAAGAAUUGGAGAUGAUGGUAAAGAGAAGUCGCAGCACAUGUGGAGGAGCAUGCAUAAGGGUGCUUGGAAACUGUGAAUUGAGAACUAAUUAAUCAGCAAAAACAAACUAAGGCAAUCUUUCACCUAGGCUUGCCCAUGUGCUCUUGGAACAGAUGCUACUGCUCGCUCUAUCCCACUGGUUCCAUCUGGCCUGGAGCAAGAAGAAGGGAAGAAAACACAACAGCAGACCUCAUCCCCUCUGUCCAGCUACUGUCCUUUUGAGAAUGCUGUGUCAGGAAUAUUGCAAACAAUUAAGACAGCAUCCACCACCUUGGUUCUUCCAGGCAUCCUGGAAGUUCUCUGGCAGUAAAUACAUCACCCUACUGCUUCUGUACAGGGAAGGUGGUGACUGAGGUGAUAAAGUAAAAAAAAUUUGCUCUUGCAGGGGGUUCAGGCAGGAGGGUUAAGCUGCUCUUUUCCAUGGAAGUACAAUAUACUGAGCUUAUCUGCAUGCCUCAUAAAGUUCAUGUAUUUGCUGUAAACUGUUGGUACCAACAGAUUAGUAACAAACAUGUGUGCCUGACGGGAAAAGGUGGCAACUGAAUCCUUGCUCUUGUCCAUCUGUUGCUCGCUGUUUGUAUAACUCCGUAUUACAGCAUGCUUGUUUAGGUUUCAGCUGUUUGUCGCACGUACGAGUGAGUAUAUAUAUAUAUAUGUAUGUGUUUGUGUGUAUAUUUAUGCACACGAGGGCUGUGUGAUGGUUUAGCUUGCAAUGCUGCUCCCUUCGGUUGGGUGCAGGGGUGUGUGAGGGUGUGCCAGCAAACACGGGCUGGCUGUGGGCUCGGAGAUCCGGGCCCGCUGCUCUCCCUGGCCCGGGGGGCUGGAGCCGGGCAGAAGCCUCCAUGGAUCCCCGAAUUCCUCACGGAUCCCUGAGCCUGUCAUGUAUCCGUGAACCCCUCAUGGAUUCCCAAGACCCUCACAGAUCCCUGAUCCCCUCGUGUAUCUGUGAACCCCUCAUGGACGGCCGAGCCCCCCGCGGAUCCUUGAGCCCCUCAUGGACCCCAAGCUCGCGGGCACACGGGCUGGACGCGCUCGGUCCCGCUCUCUGCAGGGACACCAGAGCGCCCACACAGGCUCCCAGAGCUGCUCGGUUCAGAAGGGAUCUCAGGGGAUCAUCCCACCCAGGCAGGGCCGCCUGGAGCAGGUGGCACAGGAACGCCUCCAGGUGGGCUUGGAAUGUCUCCGGAGAGACCCCGUGGCCACCCUGGGCUACUGUUCCAGUGCCCUGCCACCCUCAGUGUAAAGUUCUUGUAGAUGCUGAGGUGGAAUUCCUUGUGUUUCAGUUUGAACCCGCCGCUCCUCCUCCUGUGCCUGGGCUCCGCUUUAGUCUGGCACUUUCCCUUAGCGAUAUUUACAUGUAUUGAUGAGAUCCCCCCUAGCUUGCUUUUUCCUACGGAGACCUGAAGCUGGACUGAACAGGCGCAGCUCCCGCAUGUGCCCUCCUAAGGGAUGAGCCCAGCCACAGCAGGAGCACCACAGCACUCCCCGGAGGACACGGAGGAGCUGGAACCACCAUGCUCAGCUCGGCUCCCUGUGUCGUGUGUGGGAUUGGCGCGUCCCUGUGCUGCUGCGGACACACCAAGCGACCCCGCGUCUCCCUGUCCCCGGCCCGCCCCUCGCCACCGCCCGCCAUCCUGAGCGCCGGCCGCUCGGCGCUCGAUUGCGGCGGCUGCUCCCGAGGCGGCGCGGCUCGGCGGUGGAUUGGUGGGGUCUGCGCGGCGGGCGCAAGAUGGCGGCGGCGCUGGGCCGGGGGCUGGACAUCAGCCUGGCGGCGCUGCGGCAGCACGACCCCUACAUCAGCGGCAUCGUGGACGUGGCCAGCCAGGUGGCGCUCUACACCUUCGGCCACCGCGCCAGCCAGUGGGAGAAGACAGAUGUGGAGGGAACGCUGUUUGUUUACACCAGAUCAGCUUCUCCAAGGCAUGGUUUCACAAUAAUGAACAGACUGAGCAUGGAAAACCGAACAGAACCCAUUACUAAAGACCUCGAUUUCCAGCUCCAGGACCCUUUUCUGCUCUACAGAAAUGCCAGGUUGUCCAUAUAUGGGAUUUGGUUUUAUGAUAAAGAAGAAUGCCAAAGAAUUGCAGAGCUCAUGAAAAACCUAACUCAGCAGGAACAAUUCAAAGCACAGCAGGGCACAGGAACAGGGGUGUCCCCCAUGAUCAUGAAUUCUGCUAAUAACAAAGAAGUGGAUAUCUUGAGGAUGCUUACCAAGGCCAAAGAUGAGUAUACCAAGUGUAAGACCUGCUCAGAGCCAAAACAAAUAACCAGUUCCUCUGCAAUCUACAGCAACCCCAACCUGAUCAAACCCAUUCCAGUGAAGCCGAGUGAGACCCAGCAGCAGCGAAUCUCCCAGCAGGGCAAGAACGCGGAUCCCGAACCGCAGCACUUAUCCCUGACGGCGCUCUUUGGCAAACAGGACAGGGCAGAGGGCUCGGAAGCGCUCAGCAAGCAGCCCCAGGAGAGCGUCCCGGCGAGGCAGGGCGUGGUUCGCUCGCUGUCCUACGAGGAGCCCAGCCGGCACUCCCCCGGCGCCGAGAAGCAGCUGUGCCCCGCCAUCCAGAAGCUGAUGGUGCGGGGCACCGAGCUGCAGCCGCUGGCCGAGCUCCCCGAGAGCCGCCUGGGUGAGAACGGCGGCGUCCCCCCCGUCGGGGACACCCUCACGGGCCUCUUCCAGCCCGCGGCUGCCCACGGCAUGGCCGCGGCCCACGGAGCUCAGGAUGCUGCUGGCGCUCAGAGCCUCCUGCAGAAAUUGCAGAGUCAGUCAGGAUCGGUGGCUAAGAUGGAGCCCAGUGCCGCAGGAGCUGUGAACUCGACGGCUGCCGUGUUCGGCAGGACUCCUGCUCCCGUUGGAGCGCCUGCGGCACCAGCAAACAGCAUGAGCCAGCCCCCUCUGGUGUAUUUCAAUGGGUCCCUACCAGGCCAGACUUUAGAGGCUCAGACGCUUGGGAAAGAGCAACCCAAACUCCCCAGACAGCCACUUCCUCUCUCUGGCAAUCAAGCAGCCAAUUCUGGGGUGAUUUCACCUCAAGAAUUAUUGAAAAAACUCCAGAUAGUGCAACAAGAACAGCAGCUCCAUGUAUCCAGCAGACCAACGUUGGCAGCUAAAUUUCCAGUUGUUACCCAGAACACCAACACCCUGAAACCACUGGAUUCCUGGAUAGAAAAGGCUCCAGGCACAGAAAAACAGAACACUCUCUUCCAGGUGAUCUCCCCGCAGCGCAUCCCCGCCACGGCGAGCCCCACGCUGCUGAUGUCGCCCAUGGUGUUCGCUCAGCCCACGCCCGCCGCGCCCAAAGCUGCCGAGAGCGGCCGCGUGGGCAGCGGCGAGCCCGGCUCGGGCAGCCUGCUGCUGCCCCUGCCCGCCGCCGAGGCCGCCGUGCCCUGCGGCGCCUCCAUCUCCAAGGUGCAGCUGCAGGAAACGCUGCUGCACCUCAUCCAGAACGAUGACAACUUCUUGAACAUUAUUUAUGAAGCAUAUCUCUUCAGUGUGAGGAAGGCAGCAAUGAAAAAGCCUAUGUGAAAGAUCAUCUCUUAAAUAAAUUUCCUGAACUCCAGGAAGAAGAUUUUGGAGUUUUCAAGUAUGAUUAUGUUUGAAGAAAUGAAUGGUCUUAGGCAUUUUGCAUACACUUAGAUUUUCCUUGUUGGCAAACACGUGCUGUACUGAUAUAAAAGUGAGCAGAAAUGGAUUGUGCCUUGAGUGAGGGGAGCAUCACAACGCUGAAGAAUUAUUCACAAAAUAGCUUAAAUUAUUUUUCUUACCCUGGUCCAUGCUUAGAGUUGUUUUCCCGGCCUAAGGAGUCAGUUCUCAGGAUCCAGUUUCCUUUUUCACUCGCGGUGGUUCCUCCUUGCCGAGGUGUUUGUCCCUGCUUUUCCCUGAGCCGUCCCUCACCACAUGGUGGCAAUGUUGGACUAUUUUUAGGAACAUCAAAAUCCGCCUGAAAUCCUGGAAAAGGAGCUUUUCGGCAAGACUGAUCGUCGUACUUAGCUGUCUGCAAGGCAAUUUAGAAGAAGUGUCAUGACUUCCCCCAAAAUUUUUGUAGGAAAAUCUUUUUCUAUUUUGACAAGAAUAUUUUUAGCUAGAUGUAGAAAUGGGAUUCUGCAGGUGUUCGAGGAAUUGGGGUGGGUUGGGGUGG